AUGCAUUGUAGCCCUAGAUGUCACGUUCUGAACACAACGGGUCCCCCGUAUCCCGCGGUGACCGAGGAGUCUCGUCCACUCCCGAGGCUCUUUCCCGAGCUCUACGUGAAGGCCAACGCGCUGCAGCGAACCGUCAACAUCCGGGCAAUCGAGCUCCUCCAGUAUUCCUUCAGGGACAAACCCAACGCGGACCAGCAGCAGUUCAUGGACUUGGGCUGCGGGACCGGUGACUUCACGCUCCAGGAACUCUUGCCACGAUGCCAGCCUUGCCGCAGGAUCAUCGCCACAGACGUGGCCAAGGACAUGGUCUGGUACGCCAGAGAGAAUUACCCGCAUCCGCAGAUCGAGUACGAGGUGUACGACAUUGCGGACGACGCUUCGGGUCUGGUGAAGAAUUACGGAAAGUUUGACCGCGUCUACUCGUUUUUCGUUCUGCAAUGGGUCAAGGACCAAGUGACGGCGUUCGGACAUAUAUCCGACUUGAUGACCUCUGGCGGCGAGUGCCUACUCACCAUCGUGGCUCGUUCGACGACCUUCGAAAUAUGGAGGAGAAUCGUUCGGAUGGAUCGAUGGAAAUCGUACGCACAGAUCUGCGAGUUCUACACCCCAGUGAGCCAUAACAUCGCCGACCACUCUGGCCUGAUUUCGUACAUGACGAAGGUGCUCAAAACGGUCAAUCUCGUGCCCUACACGUGUGAAGUUUUGAGAAUAGAAAUAAGAGCCGAGGACAUGGACGAAACCAUUGAAAUGAGCACAGCUAUAAAUCCGAUUCUACCGAUGCUUCCGGAGGAAUCGAGAACAGAGUUCAAGAACGAUCUCGCCAAUGUCCUGCGUACGUUUUGGGCGGAGAAAGAUGGCGGAAAUCCACACUACUACCACGACGUAUAUGUUGUUCAUGCCUGCGACCACGACCUGUGGUUGUACGAAAAGCCAGAUGACAUUGCAACCACAUGCAUGUGGUUGCAAUAUCAUCUGGAGGAGUUCGCACGUGAACUCCUCCUUGUACCUUUGUCGAACAAGCUGCAGAAUCGGUUCUAUACGAGUGACAGCAAAUAA